AUGGAAGGCUCGGGGAUCGUCGGUUUGUCGAGUGGACCUGCCAUCCUGGGAUCCAGCGGGCCAGAUGGUCCCACUGGCGAGCCUGGUCUGCGAGGACCGAGGGGGCCGAAGGGAGCAAGAGGUGACGACGGACUACCAGGUCUAAAGGGUUUAAAGGGAGAACAAGGUCUAGAAGGAAAGCCGGGAUUUCCUGGUGUUGCUGGGCGUCCUGGCGAUGCAGGAUCUAAAGGUGAAAAAGGUGACCUAGGACCCAAGGGUGAACCAGGGGAACCAGGGGCUAGUGUUAUUGGACCACCCGGGCCACCUGGACCACCCGGGCCCAUUAUAGCCAUUCCAAGGACCCUCAACACUUCAGAUGGAAGUUUUAACCUUACUGGACUUCAAGGACUUGGCCUUCCAGGUCCAGACGGUAAGCCCGGCCUGCCAGGAUUUCCUGUAAGCCCUAUGUUUUAA